AUGGUUAUGAAGAGUGUAUCCUCGCCAGUUGUUGCAAAAAAAGACAAAAGUGAUAAUUUUAUGUUUGCGCCUUUUCAAAUUACGUCAGGGCGAGAGUUUGCUGCACGUGUAACCGAGAAAUUAUCUGAUAAUAUCUACCUGAUGAGAGAUACGGAACAAUUGGCUAUUUUAUACCAGUAUGUGGUACGUCCAAUAAAACGUUUAUCGCCGUCAAUGUAUCUUUGUGGUUAUCCUGAAGUAGCGUGCAUUGCUCGCGUUGCACGACCAUGUAAUUUACCUAGAGUGAGUCGCUCUCGGCUUUACAGAGCAUUGGCUAGUCAAUUCAAUACGGAAGAUGGGACAUGUUCAGCUUUCCUUGUUGAUUAUGGACAACACGUUGUUUGCGAUUCCUUUGCAAUAUACGAUCUUUGUGGACAACCAUCAGAUGUACUGAAAAUACCAAUAGCAGCAUUCAAAUUUGGGAUCAUAAAAGAAGAAAGUCAAAGUUUGCAAAAUCUGGAAGUUGAUAAGGAAUACGUUGUAUGCAUAACAACAUUUGCUGAUGAUGGCAUUUAUUGGGGGAAAGUUGUGCAAGGAACACAACCUUCGGUAACACAAAAAACUCAUACUGCUACAAAUAUGGAUGAUAUCUAUUGUGAUGAGAUUGACGACGAUAUGACUAUACCGUCGAUUGAACAAUCGAUCAAAAUUUCAGAAGAAAAAUUGCGCGAAAAAAACGAGCGACUACAAAUUGAAAGAGAAUUGCUUGAGAUGAGAAAAUCAAAAUUUGAGCAAGAUUGGACAUUACAAACUCUGCAGUUGCAAUUUGCUACCGUUUUGAAAAGAUUGAACACAAUAUCGAUGCCUUUUGCUCCUGCCUCAGCUAAUACCUGCAAUUCAUUUCCGAAUCUCACAUCUUUACCAGUACAAACUGAAAAUGGCUUAAAUCCUAAUACGAGUAAUUGGAAUCCUUACUCUUCAUUCCCUGUAUCUCAGGACUGGGCACAGGCUGGAACAAUAAAUCCGUCACUAUGUGCUACUUUACCGAACAAUUUAUCGUUUAAUCCAGUGGCAGUUCAACAACUUCCUCCAGUAUAUCCAAAUCAACAUGAAAGGAAUAUGCAUACUCGUGCUACAACUCAAAUAAUGAAUCCCUGUUCAGUGUAUUCUAAUGCUGGCGAUUUUUUUGAAACAUUUAAUGAUUCAGUACCACUGAAUACUCGAGAAAGCACACAACCAUCAUCGCCUACCUCAACUUUGGCUUCGCAGAAUGCAGGAAUUUGCCAUUUUCGACCUAGCGAUAGCGAAAUAUCAGCAAUGGUUAAUGGGGAUUUAAACAAUAACUUUCAGCAACAAGAGUAUAAGCCGAAGCCAAAGCAGACUUUGUCACGCAAAACACAGUAUGGUCAACCACCGACUUAUGUUCUGAACGAGUACUACAGUAUGACUGGCUUGAAAACAUCAACUGGUAUACAACAGCAGACAUCAACAAAACAACAACAUAAGUUUACAAAUGAUUUAGCGGGCAGAGGAUACGCUAUCCAACAUGUUGAACAAAAAUCAGAAAAGGGUGAUCGAUUAAAUUCUAAUGGCGCUAGAUAUUUUUCACCAGAACCUAUUUCACUUUAUGAUAUGCAAGAGAAAGCAUUAUACAUACAUCGUUCACGUGAUAGAAAUGGUUAUCUGAUGCAAGAAACAGAACGACAGUAUGCACCAGCAAUCUCGCAUUGCGUACCAGUAAUAUCGCAAUGCGCACCAAUGAUAUCGCAGUGUGCACCAACAGUAUCGCAGUGUGCACCAAUAAUGUCGCAGUGUGCACCAAUAAUGUCACAGUAUGCACCAACAGUAUUGCAGUGUGCACCAACAGUAUCGCAAUGCGCACCAAUAAUGUCGCAGUGUGCACCAAUAAUGUCGCAGUGUACACCAAUAAUAUCGCAGUGUACACCAACAGUAUCGCAGGGUGCACCAAUACUGUCGCAGUAUGCACCAGCAGCAUCGCAGUGUGCACCAAUAAUAUCGCAGUGUGCACCAACAGUAUCGCAGUGUGCACCAAUACUGUCGCAGUAUGCACCAGCAGCAUCGCAGUGCGCACCAAUAAUGUCGCAGUGUGCACCAACAGUAUCGCAGUGUGCACCAAUACUGUCGCAGUAUGCACCAGCAGCAUCGCAGUGCGCACCAAUAAUGUCGCAGUGUGCACCAACAGUAUCGCAGUGUGCACCAGCAGCAUCGCAGUGCGCACCAAUAAUGUCGCAGUGUGCACCAACAGUAUCGCAGUGUGCACCAAUACUGUCGCAGUAUGCACCAGCAGCAUCGCAGUGCGCACCAAUAAUGUCGCAGUGUGCACCAACAGUAUCGCAGUGUGCACCAAUACUGUCGCAGUAUGCACCAGCAGCAUCGCAGUGCGCACCAAUAAUGUCGCAGUGUGCACCAAUAGUAUCGCAGUGUGCACCAAUACUGUCGCAGUAUGUACCGGCAGCAUCGCAGUGCGCACCAAUAAUAUCGCAGUGUGCACCAACAGUAUCGCAGUGCGCACCAGCAAUCUCGAAUUUUAGAAAUGCUACAAUAUGUGGUGCUUUAGAUGAGGAUGAAGAUAAUCAAAACGUGGCCAACCUUAAGGCGGGUGAUUUGUCAGCGUUUAAAUUCAAUGACCACUAUUUGAUUAAAUCCCUAAAAUAUGAGUCCUAUGUGCCAUAUAUAGAAGUGGUAGAACAGGCAGUAUAUACUGUAAAAAGAAGUGAUGAUGAUUGGUCAAAUCAAAAUUGGCCACUAUUCUUUGUGCAAAUUCAGGAAGAUAAGCUAUUGGAUAUUAUUGAUCAGUAUUUGGAUUGUUUGACAGCUGUUGAACCAUUACCAAGAAACGAUAUCAAACUUGGAACUCUUUGCGUUUCAUAUUGUCGUGCAUUUCAAGCAAUGUUUCGUGCAGUGAUUACAGCAAUAUACGAUACGAAUGUAGAAGUGCAUUAUAUUGAUUAUGGUAAUUAUGAGAGGGUUACUUAUAAUGAUCUUCAUUCAAUCGAUGAUUUGCCUGAAAUAACAAAAAAGCAUCCUGCUAUGGGAAUUCCAUGCUUACUGGUAAAUAUGGAUGAUAUCAAUACAGGCUUGAAUAUUUACACGGAUAAUAACCUAUUACAUUUUAUGAAUGCUGUUUCAUGUGAAAAACCGUUUUUCAAAUUGAAAUUUCUUCGUAAACGAACUGAUAAUGUGAUGGUUGUCGAGUUGGUAGAUGAUAAUGGUAACUUGUAA